GAAUUCGGCGCCAGUGCGCAGUCGUUGUUGUCGAAGUUAUCAGGGCCCGGAGUCAAUUCGCUUUGAUUUUUUCGCACUGCCCUCAAAUGCAAGCGAGUCCGCCUAGGCAGCGCUACGUUUCCGGCGUUCUGCUCCGAUCCGAUCCGAUUUGAUUCAAUCCGCCUCCGUUUUGUGUCAGUAAUCAGUAGCCGUCGCAACCAGAGACCGUUUCCCGAAUUGAUUUAAGCAAAGCAUAAACAACGAAUAAAAAAAGUGAAAAUGUGCCAGAAAUCAUCCAGAAAAAGCUAUUAAUUAAACAGUAAAAACAAGGACGAAGAACCACGCCCGGGGAAGUGGGAGAGCGCCGUGUCCUCCGGCGGACAGUGUCCGGCUGUCAGUUGGUCAAACAGUUCAUCAAUAAACGAUUCGACUUCCGUUUCAUUGCGUGUCCUUACCUGUGCAUGUCUGCGUGUGCGUGUAUGUGUAUGUCUGUGUGCUCUGUGUGCGUGUGAGCUGAGGAAACUUUGCAACUUCCGGCCAAGUGACUUCGAUUUAAUUUCUUUGGCUUUUUUAUGGUCAAGGCAAUUAAUUAAUUUUACUAUGGCAAUUUGAUCGUCUGCUGAACUCUGACCCCUAACCCUGUGGCACACACAAAACAAGGAAUCAGAAAAAGGAGGAGGAGCCAGCCACACUCAAUUCCACCGAACAAUUGACAUGUAGUUCGCACCGAAGGUGAACUCCAACGUUCUGUGAUAGACGAGUAUACGAGCAGCCAAUCCCCUUGGGAUUCUGCCCCCCAUCGAUUCUCGAUUCAAUCAAAUUGAAUCCCGAAUCAGACAGCGAAUCGAAGGUGAUCUUGACUUUUGGAGCGGCUAUCAGAAACAGCCGCAAACUGUCGACUCUGUCGAUACGCAACUUCUCGGCAAACAUGCUGAACAAUCUUGGGGCCAAUGUGCUGGGUCCCAAGGAUUGUGAUCUGCCAAAAGCCGCGCUAACAGCGCUGCACGCGGGCGUCAACAGUUUUGGCCAACUGCCCGUGGGUCCCAACUUGGCCGAACUAGGCGGCGGUGCAAGCGGUGGAUCCUCUGGCGGAGUUCCGGUGGGCGGAGGAGUGGCACGCCUACACAUUUCAGGCGGAUUGUGCGACAAUUCCAAUGCGCUGAACAGCGGAAACGGAAACGCUGGCAACGGGAACGGCAACAAUAACGGCAACAGCAACAACAACAACAUGCAGCAACAGGAUCAGCACCUGGACAAAAACAAGCAGAAGCGCCACCGCACCCGCUUCACGCCGGCCCAACUGAACGAGCUGGAGCGCUGCUUCUCGAAGACCCACUACCCGGACAUCUUCAUGCGCGAGGAGAUCGCCAUGCGCAUCGGACUGACCGAGUCCCGUGUUCAGGUCUGGUUCCAGAACCGUCGGGCCAAGUGGAAGAAGCGCAAGAAGACCACCAACGUGUUCCGCACCCCGGGCGCCCUGCUGCCCUCUCAUGGACUUCCGCCGUUCGGGGCCAACAUCACCAACAUCGCCAUGGGCGAUGGCCUCUGCGGCACGGGAAUGUUCGGCGGAGAUCGCUGGAGCGUGGGAGUUAACCCCAUGACGGCAGGCUUUGGCCAGCUGAAUCAGUCGUCGCCACUCUCGUCCUCGCUAAACAGCGGCCUGAACUCGGGCAUUAACAUGGGCUCCGCCCUGGGAGCGGGCAGCUACCAGCACUACGGCCUCAACGCUCUGGGCGACUCCAUGAUGUACCAGCACAGUGUGGGCGGGGUCAGCUGUGGGCCCAGUGGUUCGCCGAGCGCCACCACCCCGCCGAACAUGAACAGCUGCUCGUCGGUGACCCCGCCGCCACUUUCCACGCAGCCGAACUCUAGCCAAAACGAGCUGAAUGGCGAGCCCAUGCAAUCUCACCAACAGCAGCAGCAACAGGCUCACCAACAGCAGCAGCAGCAAGCUCACCAACAGCAGCAAAUGGCGCCACCGACACCCACUCUUCGACCAGGUCAAGAACUUCAAGGUGGUGGACAAGGCGACGCAGGACUUCCGCUCUGCCACCAGUCCAUGCAGUCGCCGACAGAUGGCGCCACCGAUGACGACGUGUGGCGGGGACACAGCAUCGCAGCGCUGCGACGGCGGGCUUCGGAACUCAAUGCCACCGCUAUUCCAUCCUAUUUACAUCACCACAAUUAUGAGCAUCACAAUUCGGUCUACUGAAAUUUGUUGAAGAGCUUCGAAAGCUUUUCGGAUUACGGGUUCACCAACUGCGGAGGUCCCGACUUGGGCUAGGAUGUUGUAAUUGUAAAGUUCGUGUAACCGGCCGUUGGGGAUUCAAAAUGCGAAACUGCGGCAGCGAAGCGUUAUAAGAUAACCAAAACCUAGGCUUAGGGCAUUGUACAAUUUAUGUGUUUGCAUUAUUUGUUUCAUGAUUUCCAAGAUUAAACUUAAAAGACUAUAAUGAAUGUAAACCAUGUAUACGAGAAACGAAGCUUGAAAAGGCACUAACGAUUGGAAAUCCACGAUUACGAUUACGUGUGUUUUCGAAACUAGCUCCUAAGCCAACUAUGAAACUAUUCCCGCAUGAAUAUGUAGACACUAGACUUAACAUUUGCCGUAAAGAAUACGAAAACUGUAAAAACUUGAUCGCAAGCGAGGAUAGGAGGAAAAGAGUCCUCGGGGCGGCACAAUAAUUUUUGGCAAGGCGAUGUACCCGAAUUCGCGCUUAGUUCGUAUGUAAGCAUAUUUAUGCCUAGGUGUGUAUGUAAGUAGAUCUAUUCUUAUGUAAGUGUUGUUGUUUUUGUGUAUAGACAGUAUCCUUCCAUUCCGUUCCGUUGCUAUCACUUGAUCUAACCAUACGAUACAACCCAUAGAAUAUCAAACGAGCAGCCCCAACUAUAGCAAAGUGACACUGACGCCGCUCAAGUCUCAACCUAAAACCGUUUCAGAGUGCACGCAUCCAAUGGAUUACUUUUACGAUUACCAAUUACAAAUUAAACAAAUAAAAAUACAAUUAUAUACACAUACAUGCAUACGAUUAUGGCAUACUUGUAAUAGACUUCCUUGUAUCGUUUAAGCCUAAAUUUAAUUCCAACUAAAACAAAAAACGAAACACAAUUACUAUGUAUGUAA